CCGCGCCGCGUCUAUGCCCGCGGCGCUGGGGGAUGUUUAUUGUCGCAGGGAGUCGGCCCAGCACCCAGAACGCCGCCGGGCGACCGGCACCCACCGACCGGCACCGCGCUGCGCCCUGCCCUGCCCUGCCCUGCCCCGACCGCCGCCCGGCCGCCCACCCGCACGGAUGUGAUCUUCGUGGUGAGCUGGUGGGAAAAUUGAGUUGUAAAUCACCCCAAUGGAUGCGGACAGUGAUGUUGCACUGGACAUUUUAAUCACAAAUGUAGUGUGUGUUUUUAGAACAAGAUGCCAUUUAAACUUGAGGAAGAUUGCAUUAGAGGGAGCAAAUGUGAUAUACAAGCGUGAUGUUGGGAAGGUUUUAAUGAAGCUUAGGAAACCUAGGAUUACGGCCACAAUUUGGUCCUCAGGAAAAGUUAUUUGCACAGGAGCCACAAGUGAAGAAGAAGCUAAAUUUGGUGCCAGACGACUAGCUCGUAGUCUACAGAAACUGGGUUUUCAGGUAAUUUUCACAGAUUUUAAAGUUGUGAAUGUUUUAGCAGUGUGCAACAUGCCCUUUGAGAUCAGAUUGCCAGAAUUUACGAAGAAUAACAGACCUCAUGCGAGUUAUGAACCAGAACUUCAUCCCGCUGUGUGUUACAGAAUAAAAUCUCUCAGAGCUACCUUACAGAUUUUUUCCACAGGCAGUAUCACAGUUACAGGGCCAAACGUAAAGGCUGUUGCCAGUGCUGUGGAACAGAUUUAUCCAUUCGUGUUUGAAAGCAGGAAAUAAAUUUUGUAAUUCACCACUUGAUGGUUAGGUUCCCUAACCGAGCACCUUCAAAGACUGCUGCACAUUGGACUAAAAGCAAAAAGGAAAACUGGACCAACCAUAGCAGAGGAAUACAGACUCUUUUACUUGCUCAUGGCCACAGUAUAGACUCCAGUUCUUUUGGAUUUUACUCUUAACAGUGCUGUAUUGUAAAAACGGAAGUUUACAAGAUAUGAAAUUGCUGCUUUUAAAAAGACAUUCUAUUUAUUUUUGCAGUAAUUUCUGUGUAUUCAUAAGCAAAGCUGUCACGAUGUGCACUACUUUUAAGACCUUUUUUUUUUUUUUUUAGCUUGAGCUUGUGUUUUAUUUGUGAAUAGUCUUUUACAUUUUUGUAUGCUGAAUAUUGGGCACCAAAGAAGCUGUAAAAGUUAUCUUUUUCACCUGAUGAAUGUGCACAAAUAAAAGUUUGGAAAAUAAUUCUCUUCAUAGCUGUUCUGUUAUAUUCCUUCCCUUUUUAUAUUACAAUUAAAAAUGUAUAGUUGCAAAUUAAUUUGAAACAAUGUAAGAAUAGUCUUUUGCUGAUACCUUCUGUUUCUGUUUGUAGUAUGUGUAAAACUUUGUGCGUGGGUUAGAUUGAAAUCUAUAGUAGUUACAUAUGUUUACCUGAGGAUGAAAUUUGGUUUGUUCCCAGUUCUCUUAACUACAUGCCAGACUUCAAGUAUUUUCUUGUUGUUACAUGAAGAGAAUACAUUUCUAAAUAUAAAGGUCUACAGCAAAUGUUUUCCUGUAGAUAAAUCGUAGAAUAUGCUGAGUUGGAAGGGAGCCAUCAGGAUCACCGAGUCCAGCUCCUGCCUCUGCACAGGACACCCCAAGAAUCACACCCUAUGACUGAGAGCUUUGUCCAAUUGCCUCUUGAACUCUGUCAGGCUUGGUGCUGUCGCCACUUCCCUGGGGAACCUGUUCUAGUGCCCAAACACCCUCUGAGUGAAAAACUUCUUCCUGAUACCUAUACUAAACCUCCUCUGACUCAGCUUCACGCUGGUUCCUCCAGUCCUCUCACUGGUCACAAGAGUGAAGAGAUCGGUACCUGCCCUUCUGCUUCCCCUCGUGAGGAUGCUGAAGAACACAAUGAGGUCUCCCCUCAGUUUUUUCUUCUCCAGACUGAACAAACCAAGUGACCUCAGCCCCUCCUCAUAAGGCUUCCCCUCCAGACCUUUCACCAUCCUUGUGGCCCUCCCUUGGACGCUUUCUGAUAGCUCAAUUACAUUAUCAGUUUAUGAAUCUACUGUAGAAAAAACUGCCUUGUCCACCUACUCAAUGCAAAAGAAAAAAAAUUAAAUGUGAACUUCAGGAAAAUCGUUGUGCUUCAACUGGAGAAGAUGUUGUGGUCGCUCUAAUCCAGCCCCAGCCUAUUGCUGAAUGAUUUACACAGACCUUUUCUACACUCUUCUUACUGUAUACUGUUUUGAUGACAGGAGCUGCCAACAAGCAAUGAAGCUUGAUUCUGGCAUGUAUUAUUAUUGGUAUUAAUCUUGGACUUGGAAGCCAGUAGAUGUUUCUCUCAAUAAGUGCACAUUUGAAGCAGAAGAGAGGUGAAUGCUUGAAAGUAACUGCAAAUGCUACUUUUAAAAAGAUACAAUAAAUAUGUAUAAAUGUAUGUAUGUCUUUUUUCCCUAUCUCGCUGAAGAGAAAUGUAACACUGCAUGCAAGAGCAGUCGAUUGGGAAACGCUUCACCAAAUCCCUCAGAACAAAAAGAAACAAAACUUUGCCAUAAGUUGUAAGUGGUAUGUUCAUAAAAGCCUUUUGGAACUCUG